CGGAGCUCAGCGGAGCAGUUGGCUACAGUUGCAACUUUUUUCGAAAGCUGCGUUUCCCGGGAGAUCCUAGGCGGUGACAGACCCGGGCCAUGGCUAGAGGAGAAUGUGUUUACCGGGCAAUCAAAGAUCUAUACCUACAUGAGCCCGAACAAAUGCUCUGGAAUACGUUCCCCCCUUCAGGAAGAGAACUCAGUUGCACAUCACGAAGUCAAAUGCCAGGGGAAGCCAUUAGCCGGAAUCUACAGGAAACGGGAAGAGAAAAGGAACACUGGGAACGCGACACGAAGCGCCAUGAAGUCCGAGGAGCUAAAGAUCAAAGACGCCAGGAGAGGUCCCCUGGCACCUUUUCCAAACCAAAAACCCGAAGCAGCAGAACCUCCCAAAACUCCGACCUCGUCUUGUGAUUCUCCCAAUGCAGCCAUCGCCAAGCAAGCCCUGAAAAAGCCCAUCAAGGGCAAGCAGGCCCCUCGGAAAAAAGCUCAAGGAAAAACGCAACAGAACCGCAAACUCACCGAUUUCUACCCUGUGCGAAGGAGCUCCAGGAAGAGCAAAGCUGAGCUGCAGUCUGAAGAAAGGAAAAGAAUAGACGAGUUGAUUGAAAGUGGGAAGGAAGAAGGAAUGAAGAUUGACCUCAUCGAUGGCAAAGGCAGGGGCGUGAUCGCCACCAAGCAGUUCUCCCGGGGCGAGUUUGUGGUGGAAUACCACGGGGACCUCAUCGAGAUCACCGACGCCAAGAAGCGGGAGGCUCUGUACGCGCAGGACCCCUCCACCGGCUGCUACAUGUACUAUUUUCAGUAUCUGAGCAAAACCUACUGCGUGGAUGCCACGAGGGAGACAAACCGCCUGGGGAGACUGAUCAAUCACAGUAAAUGUGGGAACUGCCAGACCAAACUGCACGACAUCGACGGCGUGCCUCACCUCAUCCUCAUCGCCUCCCGCGACAUCGAGGCCGGGGAGGAGCUCCUGUACGACUACGGGGACCGCAGCCGGGCUUCCCUCGAGGCCUACCCCUGGCUGAAGCAUUAA